UUCUACCGCAGCCAGAGCUCCGGGUGGUCUGGUCAGCGAGAGGCAGAACUCGGAACUUCUGUUGACUCAGCCACAGCUAUCCCCCUUCGCCGGGUGUCUCGCCGCAGCCUCUGGAGGAGACGAACCCCCUAACCCCUGUGUCAGAAAAAUGUCUGCUCCAGCUCAGCCACCUGCCCAGGGGGAAGAGGGGGCUGCCCCGGGUGGGGGUCCCCCUGGGCCUCCUCCUAAUAUGACCAGUAACAGACGACUACAGCAAACCCAGGCACAAGUGGAGGAGGUGGUGGACAUCAUGCGUGUGAAUGUGGACAAGGUCCUGGAGAGGGACCAAAAGCUGUCGGAACUAGAUGACCGAGCCGAUGCCUUGCAGGCGGGAGCAUCACAAUUUGAGAGCAGUGCUGCCAAGCUAAAGAGGAAGUAUUGGUGGAAAAAUUGCAAGAUGAUGAUCAUGCUGGGAGCCAUCUGUGCCAUCAUCGUGGUAGUUAUUGUAAUCUACUUUUUUACUUGAGAAUGUACCAUCCCUCCCCCUUCUCCAUUGCCAUCCAAACUCACGCCCUUCUCCCUCUGUUUGCUCUCUCACCAAACUUCCCCAGCUGCCUUCUGACAUCCC